CCACUGCGCAUGACAGGUAGUGAGUGUUGUCAACCUAGUUAGCGGUGAUCUGAUCAGUGCUACGCUAGUAGUACCCGACUAAAAGGUCCUCUUCAGCAUUUUGGAGUGUUGAUAUCCGAUUUUAAAAUGGCUGAGGUUGAGGAGACAUUAAAGCGAAUCCAGGGUCAAAAGGGAGUGCAAGGAAUUAUCAUCGCUAACGCAGAAGGCAUCCCCAUCAAAACAACGUUGGAUAAUGCCAGCACAGUUCAGUACGCGGGGCUGAUUCACCAGCUACUUAUGAAGGCUCGCAGCACAGUCCGAGACAUCGACCCAGGGAACGACCUCACCUUCCUGAGGAUCCGCUCGAAAAAGAACGAGAUCAUGAUUGCACCAGAUAAGGACUACUUUCUCAUCGUCAUUCAGAACCCAUCGGAAUAAAGAAUAACCAUAUCCCAACAGAACAUGUUUUAAUGCUUUUGUCAGUCUCAAUUAAAAUGGCCAAACUAGUUUUUUUUUUGUUUACUGAGAAAACAUUGCGUGCAUGACACACAAAAUGCACCCAAUAAAUGGGAGGUCAAGUACAGCCGUGUGUGUUGCCAUUGCAAUUUUAGCUGCAUGCCAUCAUACCAGUGGUCUUUGUCACUGUGUAUAUAGCUGAAAUAUUGGCCUGUAUGAUCAGGGACUACAGCUGCAAAUCAUGGAUUCACCUCAAGAAGUCACAGGUGUUGAUGAAGAUGUGUACAGAACUCAAGGUUUUAUGACUGUACUGUAACCCCAGUUCUCUGAUGGCACGAGUGAGGUAUCUCACUGUAUGUGACAUACUGAACAAAUGUUUGAAAAAGAACGACACAUUAAUGCUUUGCAUCAUUCCAGUGCUCUAGCCUAUCUUGACCAUUACUUCCUUAUCUACAUGAGAAGGUCUUGUUUUUAAACAGUGCAUACUGUAUCUGCAUUCAGGCAACCUUAUUUAUUUUUCUUUCCAUAUGUCCUUUGUCAAAUUGCCAAGCAUCUGCCCAAGUUAUUUGCCCGAAUAUUGUCUCUGGAGCACUACAUACAUGCAAGUGUGUUUUUUAAUGACUGAUUUCGUGUCAAGCUUGAUUUGGAGAAGGAAUGCGUAAAGAAAAGAAUAAAACUGCAUCAAAAUAUG